CUUACUUGCUCUUUCCUCGUUGCUUUUCUAGACAGUAGCUCAGGCUCAGUUUAAGUUUUAAUUGUAAAACAGCUUUUCCUCUAGGCAGUCAUGUACAGGUAUUGCAUAUUUGCUAUUACCCUUCAAGUGUUGCUAGUUGCAUUUUCUUGGAAACUAAUCUCUUUUAUUUCCUAAGCUCAGCUGUCACCUGUCGAGACAGGAAGAGAGGGAACCACCGAAGAUCUGCUGCAACAGGUGUAAUGAAGCUUCGUCACGUAAGCUUCCCCCAUCUGUCGGUAACAUUGCUUUAUUAACCUCAUGCACUGUCCCCAUUUUUGUCGCCUCACUUCUGUCCUGUGAAUGAAUAGAUUAUUCCGUUAUGGGGAUCUACACCCAAAUAUAUAACGCAAAGAUCCUUGCCACACAACAGAACUCAAGACUAAAACAUAGUCUAGGCAGUUAAAAGGGUGCUUAAAUUGACACACGCAGAUGCUUGGACCCUUGCCCCCCCCUGGAGGUUAGAGGCUUGGGUCACAUUGGGUCAGUUACCCACUUUGCUUGGUUGGUAAUUCAACCUUGAUCCCAUCCUGUCGCAUGGUCAGAGGAAAUGAUAUAUGAGCAGAUAUCAUGAGUACUAAGGUUGUUGUUUGACUUAUACAUUCCACGUCAGAAAAUGUCAGUGCUGUAUUUUUGUUGUAAAUUUAAAAUUUGCAAAUUCUAAUUUGAAGUUAUUAAUAUUGGAAUACAUAGUUUUUGAUUUCAAAUUGUUGCCUCCUGAAGCAACAAGUAAUUUGUGCAGGUGUGGAUGGAUUUGGAGUCUUAGCUCUCUAGACAUAGACCUUUCGGAGUUCAGUGAGUGAGUGAAUUGAUGAAUGAAAUGAUUCAUUCAUCUUUGUGACUCAGGGGCUUAAUGGCUCCAGUCAGUGAAGCUGUUGUCCUGUCUUUGGGAGCUAGGAUGAAAUCCUCCUUGCGUCAUCGAAAAACGUCACCUUCCACCUUACACGCUCCAUCUAUCUGGCCUCUCUCACCAACUAUAUCACCAAAUGAUCUCAUCAGCUGUAACUUAACCUAUGCAGGCGUUUCCUGCUGAAAAUGAGAAUGUGACCUUGUUUUAACAAAGUACAGCCAGACUAUUUGAAGUCUCUCUGUAACCGUAUGUCUACAUUGGCUAUUUCAGUUCUCAGGUGUAAACAAGCAGCUGUUUUCCUAUGCAGGUUUGUUUGGAACUGCUCUGUUGUUAAUGGGAUUAACUCUUAUAUGUUCAGCUAAUCCUGUUUGAGGUCAUCAGUCAAAUCCCCAUAAGAGCAGACAGUGACAGAGCAGAGCUGCAUACAGGUACACAAACUGAAGGACUGGAAGCGGUGCAACAAAUGGACUCUAUCUUUUCCAGAUUUACUAUCAGCAGAUUGUGUCCAUAGAAGAUAACACACAGAUAAAAGCCUCAUUCCUGGUGUAAAUUAAAAGCAGAAGAACGCUGACUUUGGUCCUUAGAGUCAAGACAUCGGCGUAUUAUACUGUAUGCUGUCACAGACCGCGGGAAACACCACCUGAUUCACCACAGACACCACCAGCACGAGACAACUCUUAGAAAUGGAUUCUCUCAUGUCGCUCGGUGCUCCCCUGAAGCAGUUCACCGCCAGCUGCGUGUCUGGAAAAUCUGCCGCCGCCACCAAAAUGGGGAACAAAAAAAGCCAAUCUGUCCGCCGGAGCAGCUUCACCCGCAGGAAGAGUGUCAGCAGGAGGAGAAGCCUUCCUUGCAACAGCCAGAAAGUCCCAGACUCCUGGCUCAGAAUGUACCAGGAUGAGCUGAAGAGAGAAAGGAAACGGCAGCAAGCUGUGGUAGCGAAGAAGAACGCAGAGAGGACGGUCAAAAAAACUCACUUCAGGAGCCACCACUGCCUCCCACGGCAGAACACUGCCUCCAGAAAACGAGCCCCAGUGAAGGAUGAGUCCUUCUUCGGAGCCUUCCAAGGCCUCAGUCUGGAUGGACUGAUGGGAAGCGGUAAUGGAUCUCCUGCAAUGUCUGCUUCUGCAGGUGGAGGAGAUCAGUGCAAAGUCAUGUGACACCCAACACUUAAAGGACAAAUCGGACUGUUUAAGUGAUCCUCUUGAGCAAGACUUGAAGGAUGAAAGGGCUCGUGGAGAGAAGCAUGACUCGAGUUGAAAAUAAAACAGAGGCUCACGCAGCCUUAGAACCCAAGAAAAGUGGGGAAGAUAAACUUGGAUUAUACUGUAUUUAGAUUUUUAUUUUUUUUAGCAAAGUUAAUGUUGCUCUUUCUUGAUUCCUUGCUUAUAUUUUACAGAUUAUACUGUAUCAACCUUUGCACAAUUUCUGUCUCCUUAUCUGCUGUUUUUGUGAAAUAUGGUUAUAAAACAAAUCUCUACCAACAAGUA